AUGGCUAUCUUACGCACCCUCCUCGUCGCUGCCUCAGUGGUCUGCCUCACUACAUGCUACGAGCUCAAGGCGGAAUACAACGCGAGCAACUUCUUCGACGAUGGCUCCUUCCAUUUCUACAACGGUUGGGACAAGUUCACUCAAGGCAUGGCUCUUUACGUCUCCAAGGAAGAAGCAACUUCACUUGGACUUGCACGCAUCGACGACGGCAAGGUACAUCUCGGAGUCGAUACAACUCAAGUACUCCUUCUGCAAGAUCCCGGUGAAGGCUAUGGCCGCAAGAGCGUCCGACUAGAAGGAGUACAGACGUUUAACGACGGACUCUUCAUUGCCGACUUUGAGCAUCUACCCACCGGCUGCGGCAUGUGGCCUGCUUUCUGGCUUCUACACGAUGCAGGUCAUCAAGAGGAGUGGUACUCUGAGUUCGACAUCAUCGAGGGUGUCUCCAUGAACUCGCAAAAUUCGCUCAGCCUCCAUACCGGUCACACGCCAUGCAAGAUGCGAGACAAUGGCGGAUCAGGUGAGACGCGCCCGGAUCUCGAAUGUAUGGAACAUCGUGACUGUGGUGUCAAUGGUCCUAAGGGCUCUUUCGGUCAAGUCUUCAACGACAAUCGAGGUGGCAUCUGGGCAACCCAAGUCGAAGACGAUAGCAUCAAGGCAUGGUUCUUUGCUAGGGGUCGCGAGCCAUCGGGUUGGGAUAGCGCCAAUCCAGACCCAAGCACAUGGGGCAUGCCUUUAAUGAACUUCGUUGGGGAUGGUUGCGACAUUCGCAAUACGUUCAAGAAGAUAAAGAUCGCACGUACACUCAAUCUCAUCAUCAACAUUACCUUUUGCGGCUCAAUGGCUGGAGGGAACGCGUGGUCCGACCACGCGGGUUGUGCAGCGAAGACUCACGACGACUCUUGCAAUCACUUUGUUGCGACGAACCCUGGCAAGUUCAACGAAGUGUAUUAUCUCAUCAACUCGGUGAGAGUUUACCAGAACGGCGACGGCGCUGGCUACCAGGACAACAGCCUUCCACCUUCUCUGCCCCGAAUGUCAAUGACUUUAUCCCAAGACGAGCGCUUCUCAGCGAUGGUUGCAGAGCAAUCUCUCCUUCCAGUUGUCACGAUUACCAUCAUCACCACGACGAAGAUUAUAACUUUGCCAGCGACCUUGACUCACGGAUUUAGCUACGUCCCGUACGAUCCGACUGUGUCCGCCACAGCCCCAACAACUUUCGAGAUCCUCUAUGGCCAGCGUGUCUCGGAGGUGGCCGCAGUAGCAGCUCCUACGGUAGUCACCGGAACCACGGUCAUUACUUCAACGAAAGUCAUGACGCUGCCUGCCACUUUGACUGGCGGUAAGAACGAGGGUCCAUAUAAUCCUUCAGCAUCCUCCACGACUCUCACCCCCUUUCGCAACAAGCGUCUUUUGUUGACGGCUUCAGAAGUAGCUCCCACUUUGGAUGCAUCAUCGACGACAUCUACCAAGGUCGUGGGCACAAGGACUGGCGGCAACAACUACAGUGGUUAUGAUCCAUCAGCGGCAUCUACCAAGCCUAGAGGUACUAAGAUAUGAGGCGUCACCAACUACACCACCGUACAGACUCCUCCAACGACAUCUACGAAGCCUACAGGCACAUCGAUGGAAGGUAUUACUAACUACACCAUCGUCACUGCUUCGGUCGUGGCCUGAUCUGUUAGCUCGUGGCGCGCACAAAAGAUAUUCGAAAUCAUUCAUGCAUACUCUGGCGUUAUGGCAGGGCAUCUGAGGCGGGAGAAAAUGUACGGAUAGAUGAGCAAAGGCGAGAG